AUGCCCGACAUCACCAUAUCUGCCGGUACGCGCAACACACGCAGCAGAAAGACGAAGGCACUCAUGCGCUUUGCACUGAGAUGCCGCUGUGGAUUCGUGCAUCAGGCCGUGUUCAGCCAUCAGAGAGGGGACACCGAUUUUCGUGCGGGUGCGUCAGCAGUAGCUAUGGUUCCACAGCCCUCUCGACGCGAGGCAACGCGGGAAGCAAAAUGCGUGACCUGCUCGAAGACGAGGACGAGGACUGCCUCGCCGACAACGAGGGCCACGACUGGAUGCCCGAUGACGACGAGUCGAAGGCCGAGGAGCAGCUAGAGGGAGGCGACCUGGGCUGUUCGCCCGAGAUGGUGGACGGUAAGUACGAGCAUGCGCUUAUGAUGCACGUGCGUAUCUGUCUCUUUGUACCGAUCGAUCAGCAUGGCACGUCGUCUUUUGGAACGUCCCCAAAGAAGGCAAGGCAUGAAUGGACGGAUAGAGACACGAAAGUGGGCUCUGUGUGUCCCUUCUGCAGGUCACCCUGAGAGACAGCGUCCUAGAGCGCUUCAGCGAUGUGCUCAAGACCAAGUACGAAAAAAAGGUCCAGGCCCUCAAGGUCAAGAUCAAGGUGCCAGGCCUCAAAGAGAAAGACAACAUCAUGGCCACCAUCCAGGGAGAGCGGCAAGGAUGUCCUGAGAUUUGGGGAGGCGUACCGUCGUUUGCUGGGUGGACCUCAGGCAGCCGCUUGUUCCUCAUGUCCUGGCCGGGCAGUCCAGGCACAUCGGCAGCCUCAGACGGCGGGCGAAUUCGGCUCCGCCCUCAAGUUCUUGCCCCUCUGUCCCUCCAGCACUCACGCAGGCCCUCUUCAAUGACACCUUUGACGCGGCAAGCCCGCCCACACAUGUGCAAAGCGGGGAGGAGGGGUGGGGCUCAUUCGAGUAUCGAACCUACGGCUGCGCUGUGGGCUUCGUCCUCACUCACUGGCUGACCGCAGACCCAGCUAAUGACCGGCCUCAUAUGAGCUGGCCCAUAUUGGCUGUGCUGACCGGUGUCGCAGCACAGCGAGUGCAGGCUCUGCUGGCCGCCCAUCCGAGCAUCGGGCUGCAGGAAGUGUUGGGGGUUUUCGACAAGAAGGGGCACACAGGUGACGAGGAGAGCACAGAGAAGAAGGGAUGCACACAAAGAUGCCUUGCUUUCGAUUCGCUCAGAUCACCGCCACGGCCGCCAACAAAGAGGAGAAAACCCUCAAGGUCGCAGAGCUGUGGAAUGGUGAGCCUUCAAGAAAACAAAAGCUAUCUCUCUCUCUCUGUCUGUGUGUGCGUGUGUGUGUGUGUCCUCAGAGGCCAUCAAUGGUGACAAGGCGGGAAAGAAUGUACUGCCGAUGUGAAGGAAGCACACGUCCCCCGAAAGAAGGCAAGGCAUGAAUGGACGGAUAGAGACACGAAAGUGGGCUCUGUGUGUCCCUUCUGCAGGUCACCCUGAGAGACAACCUCCUAGAGCGCUUCGGCGAUGUGCUCAAGACCAAGUACGAAAAAAAGGUCCAGGCCCUCAAGGUCAAGAUCAAGGUGCCAGGCCUCAAAGAGAAAGACAACAUCAUGGCCACCAUGCUAGGAAUGAGCGGCAAAAGCCAAAAGGACGAGCACGAGAGAAGGCACACGGUGGUGAGGAGGAGCACAGACAAGAAGGAAUGCGCAGAAUGAUGCCUCGCUUUUGCUUCGAUGAUCGACCCUGGUGUACGGGAUUCACCUGGCGUGCAGGGGCCAUGUGGUCAUCGGGUGGAUCAUCGACGGUCGUCACGCCCGCAAACUGGAGGCCUUCUCGAGUCUGGCCGGUGGCGGGCUGGAGAUGGUCAACCGCCGCCCGGCCCUUCGAGCCGGCCGAGUACGCCAUGUACCGGUCCAUGGGAUACCUCCCCAUCAUUAUCGGGACCGCUACAACGCACGAGUGGCGCGAGACAAGACUGCUGCCCUACGCCUCUGUGGGCAUUGCCGCGGUGCGCGCCAAGUACGGCGACCUGCUGGUAGCUCAGGAACGUGUGAGCCUCCACGAAACCAUAUGGCUAUUUCAACCUGUGUCCCUCUCGCUCUGUCUCUGUCUCUCUCUCUCUGUAUGUGUGUAGUGUUUUCUUAUUUCUCUGUGUGUCUGCCUGUCUGCAGGUGGCCACCUGUCGCAGCACAGCGAUGUUGUAGACAGUGAGCGUGCAUCGAUUUUGACGGG